UCAUUUCUUUUCGUCGCAGGUGUAAAAGGACAUCCAGUGAAUGCCAGCAAACUUCCAUACGGCGAAAAUCCGGGCAGCUAUAUGUUAAAUGAAUCCAUCGACUUACAAGUCUACCUACACAAUGGCGAAUGGGACCUCAUGAAUACUCCUGGGACCCGAGUGGUGACUCCCUUUGGAGAUUCAUCUUAUCAUGAGCUGUAUUACUACAUACGUAUCAGACGGAGAACAUUGGCAUACGGUAUAAAUCUAAUAAUUCCCUCGUUGGUGAUCUCCAUGAUGACAGUGCUUGGUUUCACGCUGCCGCCGGACGCUUGUGAAAAAAUAACGUUAGAGACGACAGUGCUUUUAUCAGUGAUCUUCUUUCUUCAAAUGGUUUCCAACAUGAGCCCACCGCAGUCGAAAAGUGUUCCUAUACUAGGCAAUAACAUUUUGACACAGAUGCGUCGAUUAUUCGUGGAAUGGCUCCCAUACAUUCUCAUGAUGCGGACACCAGAUCAUCCACGAGCUCCGAAACCGAAGGUAAUCGGCAAGUCCGUCGCACCAAUUCACCGUUUGAGUACCUUGCCAAUUCUAAAUUUGCCACGACUGUCUCAGGUCAACGCUGCUAUCAAAAGCGGUUCGAGCUUUGAACAAGAAAAACGUUUACCGUAUUUGAAAUACUUCGACCAAUUCUGCGAGGAACUGAAGACGAUAAACAAAGAUCUAGAAAAGAUGACUGACACCAUCAAAGAGACAUACGAACAUGAACUGGUAAGACAAGAACAAAAGUGGUUGUGGAUGCAGUUAUGA